GUUGUGCAAUUACAAAAGUCACAGAUAUUGCAGUGAUCGUGUUUUCUGAAUAAAUUUGUUUCAAUUUUAUCACGGAAAUUUAGGAACUUUCACACUUUUUAAAGAAGAAUUUGAUUAUUCAAGUUCUCAGUCUUUAGUUUAAGUAAUUGACAUUGUGAAACAUCAAUGAUUUUCUAUUCAAAGUGCUCAGCAAUCAAAGUUUGGAUCAUAAAACCUUUAUGAUAAACAACCAAUAUAUCAGGUGGGCCUAAUCAGCUGUUGCCCUGGCAUUUGUGUUAGCAGAUGGAGAAAAGUAUUUCCCAACAAAAACAUAUUCCAAGUUCUGCUGAUUGAAGAAAUAGUUGAAUAGUUGAUUGUUUCUACGGUGUUAGCUUACUUUUUAGUGUUCAAGUAGUUAGUUGAGUAGUUGGGGACAGUUUUUUGUGGGUUUUCCCCUCGACAAAUGGUUUUUCUUUCCGGGUGGCCCUUGCUCAUGAUAUUUGCAAGAUGGAUCCACUGAAAACACCCAAGAAUUCAAGGGCAUCCGGAAGCAGCAUUCCGCUGACAAUUCGCUUCAAUGCCAAUGAGGAGAGCAUCUCUGAAUUCCUGAAGCCAGGGGACAGUCUCUCGGGGAGUCCCCAGAAUACGGACGAAAAUAGCUGGCGCCGAGAGUUUCUGCAGGGUGGCUUCUUCACUCGCAAGCGCUCAGGAAGUCCCGAUGGAGCUGGGAUCCUGUCGUCCUCGGAAGGUACCACCUGGAAACUGAUCAAAGGCAAGGUCACCCAGGCCAUGGAAGAUAUAAAAGCACCCAAACAGGAAAUCCCACCUAAAAUUUCAAGUGACGCUGUUGAUGAUUUAGAGUCGGAUUUAGACUCAAUGACCGUCAACAGUUCCGUGAGUGAAGAGUUUUGCGAAGCUCAAACAUCCAGUGAUUUAGGAAAGCAGAUUGCAAAUAAAACCAAUGAUUCCGACAGCGAUAAUGACAUUGAUUCGGACAUUCUCAACCUUGACACUGAUUCCGUCAGAGCAUCCGGAAAGCGAUCACCAGUUCCGGUGGGCAAACCGGUGAAAAAGAGUUUGAUGGCAAAGUUCAAUAAGGUCAAACGGGGUGAUGAUUCACUUUCGUUUCUGAGACGUCGCCCAAAGCCAGAGGCGACGACAGUGAAGGUGGAAAAGGCUCCGGUUGAGAUAGAGUCUGGAGUGGAAAUGAUGGAAGACAUGAUUUUGCCCACGGAACAGACUGAGAUGGUGAAAUCAGUGGAAAUCCCACCGAAUCCAUCGGUAGCAAUGACUCCCGAGGAGAAUUUCGUGAAUACAGAAUCCCAGUCGAAAACAGUGCCAAUGAGAGAUGAGCCAAAAGCAACAAAUGGAGACUUCUUGAGAACCCUUCUUUCACAUUUCUACUUUCAGCGCAAUGUGGCAGUAGGCUGUGGCCUGCUGAUCUUGUGCAUCUUGGCGCCGAUUCCGCCAUUCAUGCAAGGCGUCCUGGCGUGCCUGUUUGCCAUGCUCUUCCUCACGACGCUCUAUGAGAUUGUCGUGGAGCUCGUGAGUGUGUCCAUGGGCAAGAGUGGCGGACCCGAGAGGGGAGAAUUUGCCAUUCCUGACUUUGAUGCCAUGCCAAUAUGUCAAGUGCCGGCUGUUGAGGAGCAUAAAUCUCUCAAAACGUACACGGGUUGGAUGAAUGAGAUUAAUAACUACGAUCCUGCCAACUAUCACAUUUCCAUGACCAGAAGUGUUUACGUGAAGCUCGAUGGAUCGACCCUUCGGGUGUCCAAUGUGGCUGAUCGUGUGCCCAAGAAGUCCAUGUGGAACGAAGUACCCAUCGAUAAGAAUUCCAUAACAUUCAUCAAGCAUCGAUUCUACAAUCUCCUGGGAUGCCGAAUUGAGAUGUGUCCCAAAGGAUUGGCCCGGAAGAGGUACUUCAGUCGGAAGUAUCCCAUUCAGUUGACCAUAUCUCAGUCCAAGGUGGAACAGAGUUUGGAGAAUUGUGUUAGUGGUGGUGAAGUGAGGGAAUCAGGGGAGGCAUUUAGUGAUCGGGACUUGGGGCUAAAUCAUGUGGGCGGCGGGGCUGAAAGUGGGGAGGAGAAGACUGUGAAGGUAGUUAGUGAGAAUGCUUACAAUGAUCUCGGGAGCACCAUAAUGAACUUCAAUGUGGAUUCCGUAGCGCAGAUGAAUGAGCAGGGGGAUUUGGGGAUGAGGGAGGCUGCUCCCAGUGGAGAUGACGUCAGACUGCUCCUGUUUGCACGUUGUGAUCGGGAGAAAGAGGAUUGGUUCAGACGAUUCUCAGCUGCAAGUUGUGGAUCUGUCGUUGAUUCGGACUGCCACAUUCCGGACAUGGUGAUGCUCUCGGAUGAGGAAGUUGUAAGCAUUAAACUGGCCAGCAAUUUGGAUUUACAUCCGCAGAGUGAGAAUGCAGAAGAGAAGGCUAAUGGAACGGACGUUGGUAAAGUGAGUGAGAAAAGUGGGAAGGAGACUGAAGGAGGAAGGACGGAGAGUCAGAGGAGUAGCAUUGCAUCAGUCUAUGAGGGACUUUUGAUUACAACUUGUGCAACAAGAGGACCUGUUGAUUACCUGAAAUUCAUGUCCAAAUAUCAGGUAAAUUUCUAUUAUUCUCAUUUUUGCAACUUUCACAAUUGUCUAUUUUAUUUUGUUUUCAAUUGAAAAGGCAUUUAUUUGAAUUGGUACAAUUUGCAAUUGAAAGUAGUUUAUAAUGCAUUUCAGCUCACUAUUCUAUUGAUGGCUUCAUUAAAAGUUAUUACAGUCAAAGCAUAAUUCAGUAUUUAUGUUUAAUUACUCUUUUUAAAAACCCUAUCAAUAUGCUUUAAUCGGAAUCAGUGUUCAUUGAUGAUUUUCUGAAUUAUUUAGUUUUUCGAAUAAUUUAAUUGGACUUAAAUAUUUUAUUUUCAUAGCUUGGUUUGUAAAUGAUUGGAAAACUUUGCAUUUGUGUCA